GAACGUCAGAAGUCAAGUUCACUGUUGACUUUAAAGUACUGAAGUAGGCUCUCGCCUAACGGUGUAGGAAAGGCAAAAUGAAUAUUCUUCAUCACAAGAGCUGGCAUGUUCGCAAUAAGGAUAACAUUGCACGAGUCAGACGAGAUGAAGAGAAAGCUGCUCUUGAAGAGAAGGAAAGACAACGCAAAAUAGCACUCGCUGAACAGGAAGCUAGAACAGAGUUUCUAAGACAAAAAUCCAGAAAACAUUUAGAGGAAUCUGGUAAAGGGGAACAGGUGAAUGAUGGGAAGUCAGUGGUUAGCAGUGAGUCUGCUGUAUCAACAUUUGGAACAGGUGCCCUUUCAGAUGACAUCUACUCUGGAAGACACAUUAACUUUUUCAAAGAAACAGAUGGGAUGGUUGUGUCCGACAGAAAAAAUGCAGAACAUGAAGCAGAAAAGAAAGCAGAGCAGGAGGAUUGGGAGAAGAAAGUUGGCAUUCUGACAUAUCUAGGUCAAAGUUCAAAUGAAACUUCAGCUUCUUGGUAUAAUCAAAGAAAGAGAAAAUGUCAUGAGGAAGAAGAAGAUGAUGAUUAUGAGAAACAGAAAAGGAGAGAGAAAAACAGGAAGCUUCAGGAUCACCUGGAUCCUAUCCAUCAGAUGAACAGCUACCUCGAUAAGAAGAAAGGCAGGGAUGGGAAGGAAAAGCAUAAAAAGCACAAGAAGAAAAAACACAAACACGACAAGGACAAAUCAGAGAGUAAACACAAAUCCAACACAUCAACCCCUAAAAAGAAAUCCUCAGUAUCCAUGGAACAGCUGAGGGCAGAAAGGUUAAAGAGAGAAAUGGAGGAGAGACAGAGAACAGCUCAGUUACUGGCGAAACACCGUGGGGAAAAAGUAGAGACGGAGGUUCCAGAGAGACAGCAGAAAUAUAACUCACAGUACAACCCUGACUUUGUACGACAGCCAAGGAGAAAACAGAGAGACUGAAAUUUUCUAAAUCUUACUCUGACCAUGAAUUUGUACAGCAACGUUGAAGAAAAUGUUAGAGGGGAAAUGUCUAGGUGUUAAGAGACUGUUAUAGUGAAGCACAAUGGAAAAGAUGUAAAAAAAAAAAGGGGGGGCUUAAUUUUGAUCCUUCACUGAGUUUUUCAAGGAACACAGACUUCUUUUGCUUUUGGACGAGUUACUCAUUUAAUUGUUUGUAUUGCAAGUCAUUUUGUGUGACAUGCACCUACAUGUAUAUGGAACUCAUGUUUAUCUUUAGAAUGAAAUUUUAGUUUAUUGAAUUUUCAUGUACUUUGUUUAUAUGUUGGUAAAAGCAAAAUCAUUCAUUGCUUAGGUAAACUUUUGUGUUGCAAUUCAUUUUGUGCCUUACAUCUAUAAGGAACUCAUGUUUAUCUAAUGAUAUUACAGGUAUAAUUUAUUAAUUUUAAUGAACUGUGUAUUUGUUGUUAAAAAGCAAAAUCAUUCUUUGCUUGGGCAAACUUUAAGUUACUCAAAUGUUACUGGACUAAAAAAAUAUGUCCAAGGAUUCAGUGUUAAAACACAAAUUGUUGGUAAUUUGAGGACUUAUUAUCUAGACUCUCUUUUUAUCCCUUGAAUUUUGUGUACA